GAAACAAACAGCAAUGGAUUCAGUGAAUUCAUUGAAGGGGUAUGGUAAAGUCGACGAGGUGGAACAACAGGCUUUCAACCGAAAGACACGCAGGCGUCUACUCACCCUCAUCAUCUUCAUUCUCCUGCUAUCAGCAAUCAUCACCGGCGCCGUCGUCGGGAUUUUUAUACACAAGAAGAGAAGCACCUCGUCUCCCAACCCCGUACCCACACCCGAGUUGACUCCAGCCGCUUCACUCAAAACGGUUUGUAGUGAGACUCAGUACCCGUCUUCUUGUUUCUCCAGCAUUUCUCCCAUUGCAUCCUCAAACACUACCGACCCAGAACUCCUUUUCAAACUGUCUCUGAAAGUAGCCAUCGACGAGCCCUCCAGGUUGUCUAAGUAUCCGACCGAGCUAAAACCUGAAACCAAUGAUACCCAAUUGAAAUCCGCUUUACAAGUGUGCGAAACUAUGUUCGAGGACGCCUUGGAUCGAUUGAAUGAUUCGGCUGCGUCGCUUGAAGUUGGAGAUAGGGAGAAGCUGUUGUCGGAUUCCAAGAUCGGUGAUUUGAAGACCUGGCUAAGUACUUCCAUAACCGACCAAGAAACAUGUUUAGACGCCCUGGAGGAGUUAAACACCACAACGCACUUCAACGCCACACUUGUUGAAGAAAUGAAGGCUGCCAUGCAAAACUCAAGUGAAUACACCAGCAAUAGCUUGGCUAUUGUGGCUAGAAUCUUGGGUUUAUUGACUAAUUUAAACAUUCCGAUUCAUAGGAGAUUGCUUGUGUUUCAGGAAUCAAGUUCAGGUUCAGAGUUCCCGGCUUGGGUCAGUCCCACAGAAAGGAGGUUAUUACAGGAUUCCAAGCCUGCCCCUAAUGUUACUGUGGCUCAAGAUGGGUCCGGGGAUGUCUUGACGAUUAAAGAUUCGGUGAAAUUGGUAGGAAAGAAGAUUGAACCGAGAUUCGUUAUAUAUGUGAAGGAAGGCAAGUAUGUUGAGAGUUUGAUUCUGGAUAAACACAUGUGGAAUGUGAUGAUUUAUGGUGAUGGCAAAACGAAGACUCUAAUUUCCGGCAGUCUUCAUUCAUUAGAAGCUGUGGCAGGAAAAGGAUUCAUUGCGAAGGGCAUCAGGUUCAUUAAUUCAGCUGGUGCAUUGAAGCACCAAGCAGUGGCUCUGCGGUCUGGUUCCGAUCGCUCAGUUUUCUACCGCUGUGCAUUUGAUGCGUACCAGGACACUCUCUAUGUCCAUUCCAAUCGUCAGUUUUACCGGGAGUGCGACAUUAUGGGCACAAUUGACUUCAUUUUCGGGAAUGCAGCAGUUGUUUUCCAAAGUUGCAAUAUCUUGCCGAGGCAACCUUUGGCUAACCAGUUCAACACCACCACAGCACAAGGCAAAAAAGACCCUAACCAAAACACUGGAAUUUCUAUCCAGAAAUGCUCAUUAACUGCAUUUGGCAACCUUACUGCUAGAACCUACCUUGGAAGGCCAUGGAAAGAGUUCUCCACUACUGUUAUCAUGCAGUCGAAGAUUGGGACGUUCUUGGACCCAGUGGGCUGGAAAGAAUGGGUUGCCAAUAUCGACCCACCCGGCUCCAUUUUCUAUGCAGAAUAUCAAAACAGUGGACCUGGAUCAAGCGUGAAAAAAUGGGUGAAAUGGGCUGGUUACAGGCCCACUCUCUCGGACGUUGAUGCUGGGAAGUUCACGGUGGAAAAUUUUAUACAAGGCCAGGAUUGGCUUCCUGAUGCCACUGUCUCCUAUGAACCUGCCUUAUAAUAUGACAGCUGAUCCAA